UCGUUCGGAAGUUUCUCAAGCAGGUCACCUGUUCAUCCAUCCACUUGUGAGAACGUUACGCAAAAAUAGUGGAAGUCUUCCUCUUGUUCUUCUUCUAUUUCUUCUGCUUUUUGACUCCUCCAUAGCCUGGCAGUAGAUGCUUCUUCGCCUUCUCUCUCGUGUUCGGCGCCAGGCGGAACGGUAGCAGAGAUAUUACACUUCGUCUUCUUCGUGUGAAAGCGUCCGCCAUUUCUUCUUCUUGUUCUUCUUCUUCUUCUUCUUCUUCUUCUUCUUCUUUUUCUUCUUCUUCUUCGUUUUGUAGCAGGCUGAUCGACGAUCGGAUUGCUCGGUGAAACUUACGGUGCAGACAGACUGCAGAUAUGAGUCCUCGCACUGAAGUUCCAGAGGAUUAUGCUGCGGACGCGGUCCCGCGUUGCAUUCCGGCAGGCGCUUACGAGAGUUCGAUUCCAAUGCCGGCAUCGAAGGAUGGGUACAAGGACAGCGGCGAGAAGAAGCAGAAUCCCGUAGAGGCGAUCCUUAAGGUCGCGAACCCGGGUCCUCUGGGCCUGACUGCCUUCGCUGUCACGACCUUCACUCUGUCUAUGUUCAAUGCUGGUAUCUUGCCGAGAUCCGUCGAGAAGGUCGCUGUUCCGCUGGGUUAUUUCUAUGGAGGGUCUGUGCAGCUUCUCGCUGGACUUGCUGAGAUAUUCGCUCGGAAUACUUUUGGCGCCACCGCGUUCUGCUCUUAUGGCGCAUUUUGGAUUGCUUUUGGAUAUUACGUGAUGGAGAUCGUUCCGAGCUUCGAUGGGCCGGAAAAGGACAACGUGCACGUCGCCACAGGAUUGUUUUUGUUCACUUUCACGGUGUUCACGACCUACAUGGCCAUCGCCUCAACAAGGACGUUUCGUGCGCUCACCGCCGUCUUCGUGUGCUUGGGUCUCACCUUCUUCUUCCUCACGAUCGGCGAAUGGGCAGAGUCGGACGGAGUCAAGAAGACCGGCGGUUACUUCGGGAUCAUCACGUCCAUCCUGGCCUGGUACUGUUCCUUCGGGCUAGUCCUGCUAGACACGUGGAAGUACGAGGUCAUACCGCUCAUGUUCUACAAACACCGGCAGGAGUAAUGCUUUGGUAGGUCACUGCUUUUCAUGCUGUGUGCAAAUCGUGGAUGAUAGAGAUACAGACAGACAGAUAGGUAGAUUGGUAGAUAGAUAGAUAGAUAGAUAGAUAGAUAGAAUAGAUAGAUGUGUAGAGAGAGAGAGAGGGAGACGGAUGUGAAUAUAUGCGGGGGUUUGGGUUGCUAUUGCUGACUUAUUCAUUCAUUCACUGUCGUUGGUGCAAUAAUGCGCAUAGGAUUAGUGAGUCCGAUUUUUUUAUUUUUAUUUUAAUUCUUUGUGUGUGUGUGUUUGAGAGAGAGAGAGAAAGAGAGAGUAACCGACCAUUCUUUUGGCCUAAUGUGAAUAGACGGAGUCUUUUAGGCUACUACUUAAAUUGCGCUAUAUAUUGACUCGUAACUGUCGUUGUUGUGCGCUCAGGAUUUGUGACGAGGAUGAAAUAGUUCAGAGGUGGCUUCUGCACCUGUAAUAUUUCGAACUACGGGAUUGUUUACACUGUAAGCAGGUUUUCGCUGCGCAAUUCAAGUUUGCAGGCAGCAGGUUCUCUUGCUACGUUGAGGGUUGGUGGAUCCGGUUUGCAGCAGGUGUAGCUCUCCACCAUUAGUGAGACGCUGUUUCAGCCGGAUUUCAGGUUUCAGCCAGAUUUCAGGUUAUGUCUCGUCUUAUUCUAGUGUCUGUUGGGGUUUUCGUAACUGGCUUAUUUAUUGCCUAAUGAAAUUGUUAAGCCUUAUGAACGUCAAUCUUGUUACGCUGGGAUUUAGUUUACGCUAGUGGAGUAUCGCGGUCGCGGUCGCGGAGAUGUUCUUGGUUGAAUGGUUGCCGUAUUCCUCGUUUGCGACCGCUCGUCUGAGGCGAAUCUCAUUCGAUGCGAGAUUUGAUGACGUAAUUACCCUGCAGUACAGAUCCGAGGUUCAACUGACUGAUCCUGAGAGUGCUCUGCACUCAGUACUCCUAAUAGUAUAUAUAUGAAUUGACUGGGGGAUGCGUGAAUUGCUUCGAGUUGUGAGGUCACCUCGUCAUCGAUUAAAAUUUUAUGUCUUCGAAGGGUUGACAGACUUUCUUGAGAGACUGGAAAGAUGGAUGAUGCUGUGCUCUACGUCGAAUGACAGUUUUCCACGCUCACGAAGUUGUACGCAAAUGUUUCUGGCUUCUUUAUGGGAGAGAUUAUGACGUUAUGUUCGUGGUCGUAUGGGGCCAUGCUAUUUUGGAUGGAUGUCCAGAGGGACUGCCUGCAACCAGUUU